AUGUCCACUAGAGUCUUUUUGUGCAAAAUUUGCAUUACCAAUCGAUCAUUUAAUGAAUUUUGUGAUUAUUUUCGUCAUGUUACAUUGUAUCAUGCCAAUGAACCUAAUUUUCGAUUAACAUGUGAUAUAUCAGACUCUUGUGGUGUUAUGUAUAAAACAUUUACGUCAUACAAAAAGCACAUUCAUCGGCAUCAUGAAAAUUUACUUCAUCCAGUAUGUCAACAACAAGAAAAUACCGUUAUUAAUGAUAUGAAUACAUUAGCAAUUCAGCAACCUGAUGCAACAGUUAUAUAUCCAGAUACAGCUGAUAAUAAUCAUGACAAUGUUAUAUAUGCAGAUUUUGAUGACGAUCUUGAUAAUCAAUGGAACACUCUAACAACAAAUAUUUCUAGUAAAGAUGAAAAAAUAAAUCUUCUUACAGUUCAACAACAGUUCAUCCGAUUUUUACUUGAAACGAGAGAAAAACACAUUUUGCCUCAAACAGUGAUCCAAUCCAUUACAACACAUAUAAUCAAUUUACUAGAUAGCGUAGUUGAGUUUGUAGAAGAACAAGCAAAACAAGAAAAUAUGACUCAACAACAAUCAACAACAACUAUUUCUGUUGAUGGAAUGCGCAAAACAGUAAAGCAGAUAAAACAAUCAAUUAUUCUCUCAACUCGAAAUGAAUAUCAACUUAUACAAUCUUGUCAAAAGUUUUUCAAUUAUUCACCACCUAUAGAAAAUGUUUUAUCAUCAAAUCAUUUGAAAAAAGAAUAUUCAUAUCAUAUACCUAUACGAAACACUUUAGAGAAAAUUUUACAAAAAGAUGAAAUGAUACCACUUCUAAUUGAUAAUAUUCAACAUCAAACUUCAAUAACACAUAAUGAUCCAGAUUUAAUGUUUUCAAGACGGGACGGUGUUAAAGGUAAAAUAUUUAAAAAUCAAUCAUUUUUAAUUCAAUUAUAUGUCGAUGGCAUCGGUGUCACAAAUUCGAUAGGUCUGAAGAAGGACCAACACAAAUUGACACUUGUGUACUUCAUGUUAGAAGAUAUACCGAAUAUCUUUCGAUCUACGCUACAAUGUAUUAAUCUUGCAGCUAUUUGUUACACAAAAAACCUGAAUAAUGAUGAAAAACUUAGAAAAUUUUAUGAUCCGAUUGUAAAUGAUUUGAAUGAUUUGCAAUCUACUGGUUUAAUAUUUGAUACAUUUAACAGUCAAUUACAUUUUACAUUUACGACAAUUGCUGCUGAUAAUUUAGCAGCACAUGAAAUCGCUGGUAUGCAACAAACAUUCAGUUCCGGAUAUUUUUGUAGGAGAUGCUUAAUAACUUAUGAAAAUCGACUUAUACCAUUAACCUAUAUUCACUUCAUUCAACGAACACAUCUUCAACAUACAAAAUGUUUACAAUUACUUGAAAAUAAUCCACACAUAAAAUCAAUGUAUGGUGUUAUUGGUCCAAGUCCACUUGAUAAUUUAAUAAAUUUUGACACAACUGCUUCUCUUCCGGGAGAUGUGAUGCACGAUUAUUUCGAAGGUAACUAUUCAUAA